AUGGCCCACAUGGAGGCCGAUACCAUCCUCAGCGAGAUCAUCGCCAUCCUCCUCUUCCGCUCCCUCAUCGAGCUCCAAAUCGCCGAUUUCGGCGUCUCCUCGCUUUCCCACGGUUUUCUGCGCACUCUCACCGUCCUCGCUCUCACCGCGGGAAUCGGCCUCCUCUCCGGCAUCGCCUCCUCCCUGCUUUUCCGCUGUCUUCCCCGCUCCCCCGCCUUCCAAUCGCGGGAAAUCCUCAUUUUCGUCGCGGUCCCCAUCGUCGCCUACAUGUGCGCCGAAGGCUUCCACUGCUCAGGAUCCAUCGCCGUUCGCCUCUGCGGCGUGCUCAUGGCGCGCUACACGCGGUAUAAUUUGGGUUCGACGACGCGCCGCCUUUUAGACAGCGUAACCGCGAUUCUCGGCUCGUUGGCAGAUUUCGGGGCUUUUUUGUGCGUCGGAAUGCUGACGUUUUUCUUCUUCCCGCUGAGCGUGGACUGGCGGUGGCUGGCGUUAAUCGCGGGGAUUACGGUGGUGGCGCGGUACGCGUCGAUUGCCACGGAGAAGCAGCGUAAUGAAUUUUGGAAGAUGUCGAGACAGACGUAUUUGAUGUAUUUUAUGUUCCACGGGAGCGUGGCGUUGACGCUGGUGAUGCGGAUGGAGGGAGAGCUGCUGGACACGCGCGAUGUGGGGAUCAUGUUGCGGCUUGUGCUGUUUAUGAUCUGGAUGGGCGUGAUUGAGAUUAUUUUCGUGGCGCAUCCGCUGAUUCAGAGCAAGGGAUACCAGCUGGUGCGACAUGAAUCGUAUUUGGAAUGGCAGAACUCGGAGAAGGAGAGAGUGGAGAAAGACGCACUUUUUCCGUAUUUGGUGCGACGGGAGAGUAGUUGCAGCAUGUAA